AGAUGACAGAGCAGAAGGAGCAAACCUGAAGGCUGAGCCAGGACUGACUGAAGUCCAGAAGAUGAAUGUUUGUGUGGAGGAAGAGGAGGACAGAGCAGAGUCUGCAGCAUCCAGAUGUCCAAAGGAAAUCAUCUGAAAAUCAGUAAUGAAGCUGGACUGUCAGACACACAACUGACUGAAGUUCAGAAGAUGAGAGUUUGUGUGGAGGAAGAGGAGGACAGAGCAGAGUCUCCAGUAUCCAGCUGUCUGUCUAUGAAGAGUGACUCGUCCAAAGGAAAUCCUCUAUUCUUCAGAAAUGAAGAUGGACCCUCAAACAAAAAAGUUCAGUCCAACAGCCAGGGAGCAGAGUCUCCAGUAUCCAGCUGUCUGUCUAUGAAGAGUGACUCGUCCAAAGGAAAUCCUCUAUUCUUCAGAAAUGAAGAUGGACCCUCAGACUCAAAAGAGAAGAAGAGGAGUCAUGUUUCUGUGGAGGAGCAGCCGUCCUGCUGUGCUUUGUGUCAGGACGUCCUGAAGGAUCCGGUCUCUACCAGCUGUGGACACUGGUUCUGCAGACGGUGCAUCACCUCAUACUGGGACCAGUCUGCUUCACCAGGAGACUCCUCCUGUCCCCGGUGUGGAGAAAGAUCCAGAACAAGAGCUGGACUGCAGACAGCCAGUCAGAGCAGCUCUGUACAAAUGAGUGGCGGUCUGCAGGAGGUUUUAGAUGAACAUAAGGUCAGUCUGCGGAGGAGAUUCGAAUGUGUGACUGAAGGAAGUGAUGAAACAGAAAAAGGAACCCUCCUCAACAGGAUCUACACUGAGCUCUACAUCACAGAGGGACAGAGUGAAGAGGUCAAUACCCAACAUGAGGUGAGGCAGCUUGAGACAGCUUCCAAGAUGGAGACCCUCCAUGAAACUCCAAUCAAGUGCCAGGACAUCUUUAAAGCCUUACCUGGCCAACAGAAACACAUCAGAGUGGUUCUGACAAACGGCGUCGCUGGUGUUGGAAAAACCUUCUCAGUGCAGAAGUUCACUCUGGACUGGGCAGAGGGCUCGGAAAACCAAGAUGUCAGUCUGAUGAUUAUGCUGUCCUUCAGGGAGUUGAACUUGAUCAAAGAUGUGCAGCACAGUCUUCUCACGCUGCUCCAUGUUUUCCAUCCAACAUUACAGAAGGUCCCAGCAGAGAAGCUCGCUGUCUGUAAACUGUUGUUCAUCUUUGACGGCCUGGAUGAAAGCAGACAUUCAUUGGAUUUCCACAACAAUGAGGUUGUGUCUGAUGUCACACAGAAGUCAUCAGUCAACCUGCUGCUGACAAACCUCAUCAAGGGGAAUCUGCUUCCCUCGGCUCUGGUCUGGAUAACUUCCCGACCUGCAGCAGCCAAUCAGAUCCCUCCUUCAUGUGUUGACAGGGUAACAGAAGUACGAGGCUUCACUGACGCCCAGAAGGAGGAGUACUUCAGGAGGAGAGUCAGUGAUGAAGAGCUGUCCAGCAGAAUCAUCUCACACAUCAAGACCUCCAGGAGCCUCCACAUCAUGUGUCUAAUCCCAGUCUUCUGCUGGAUCACUGCUACAGUUCUGGAGCACAUGUUGACUACAGAGCAGAGAGGAGAGCUGCCCAAGACCCUGACUGACAUGUACUCACACUUCCUGCUGGUUCAGACAAAGAGGAAGAAGCAGAAGUACGAUGAAGGACAUGAGACGAGUCAACAGGAGCUGAUGGAGGCUGACAGGAAGGUUCUACUGAAGCUGGGGAGGCUGGCGUUUAAACAGCUGGAGAAAGGAAACAUCAUGUUCUACCAAGAAGACCUGGAGCAGUGUGGUCUUGAUGUCACAGAGGUCUCAGUGUACUCAGGAGUUUGUACAGAGAUCUUCAAAAGAGAGAGUGUGAUCUUCCAGAAAACAGUCUACUGCUUUGUUCAUCUGAGUGUUCAGGAGUUUCUGGCUGCAGUCUACAUGUUCCACUGUUACACCAACAGGAACACAGAGCUACUGGAGGCUUUUGUGGGGAAGAAACAUGGUGAUUCAACCCUGGAUGUCUUCCUGAUGGGAGCAAUGAUGAAAUCCCUUGAAAGUAAAAAUGGCCACCUGGACCUGUUUGUUCGCUUUCUUCAUGGCCUCUCUCUGGAGUCCAACCAGAGACUCUUAGGAGGCCUGCUGGGUCAGACAGAGAACAGUCCAGAAAUCAUCCAGAGAGCCAUCAACAACCUGAAGAAGAUGAACACAAAAACCUCUCCUGACAGAAGCAUCAAUAUUUUCCACUGUCUGAUGGAGAUGAACGACCACUCAGUUCAUCAGGAAAUCCAAGAGUUCCUGAAGUCAGAGAACAAAUCUGAAACAAAACUGUCUGUGGUCCACUGCUCAGCUCUGGCCUACAUGCUGCAGAUGUCAGAGGAGGUUCUGGAUGAAUUGGACCUGCAGAAGUACAACACAUCAGUGCAAGGACGACAGAGACUGAUUCCAGCUGUGAGGAACUGCAGAAAGGCCCGACUUUCUGACUGUGGACUCACAGAGACUCACUGUGAAGCUGUGGCCUCAGCUCUGAAGUCCAACCCUUCCUAUCUGAGAGAGCUGGACCUGAGCUACAGCAACCUGUCAGAUUCAGGAAUGAAGCUGCUGUCUGCUGGACUGAAGAAUCCAAACUGUAGUGUGGAGAAUCUAGGAUUGAGUCGCUGCAGUUUGUCAGAGAUCAGCUGUGCUUCUCUGGCCUCAGCUCUGAAGUCCAACCCCUCCUAUUUGAGAGAGCUGGAUCUGGGUGACAACAAGCUGCAGGACUCAGGAGUGAAGCUGCUGUGUGAUUUUCUGGAGAGUCCACACUGUAGACUGGAGACUUUGGGACUGAGCGGCUGCAGUUUGUCAGAGAUCAGCUGUGCUUCUCUGGCCUCAGCUCUGAAGUCCAACCCCUCCCAUCUGAAAGUGCUGAGGAUGAAUGAAAACAAGCUGCAGGAUUCAGGAGUGAAGCUGCUGUGUGAUUUUCUGGAGAGUCCACACUGUAGACUGGAGACUCUGAGAUUGUGGGGCUGCAGUUUGUCAGAGAUCAGCUGUGCUUCUCUGGCCUCAGCUCUGAAGUCCAACCCUUCCCAUCUGAGAGAGCUGGAGCUAGGUGACAACAAGCUACAGGAUUCAGGAUUGAAGCUGCUGUGCGGUUUUCUGGAGAGUCCACACUGUAGACUGGAGAGGCUGAGAUUGUGGGGCUGCAGUUUGUCAGAGAUCAGCUGUGCUUCUCUGGCCUAUUGGGUGAAUGCAGGUUGA